UAUUGAGAAACCCCGAUCAUGCCAGCAGAGCCUUUGUCCGCCGCCGCGCGACGACGCAACGGCAGGUUUCCCGCUUGCGAGCCUUGUCGGAAAGCCAAGAUCAAAUGCGACAACGAGCGUCCAGUGUGCAAGAGAUGUCUAUAUCGGCAAAAGGCGUCCUCAUGCUUCUACCAUCCCGCUCCACUCACGAAGGCUCGCAGGUCCUCUGCUGACGCUUUAACGCACGGUGUCAAUGUGUCUACGGUCAUUGGCCCAUCGCAGGCCUCUGCAGUUUCCUACGGCGUUGCUGCACCCGUCCAAGACAAUGCGGUCAUCGACAACGGAGUUGUGCGAUCUCUAUCGAACCUCUGCGCCGCGUUCCGCAGCUACGACGCGCAGGACCACCUAGCGAGCGAGGAGACGAUUUCAGCAGUCGUGGACGUUCUCUCAAGAGUCUUCGGCAUCUCGACAGAAUGAUAGAAAUGCUCGCUUUGUACAGCAAAUUGAGCCAGGCUUGCUAC